AGAUUCCUUUAGAUCUUUCACGGACGCCAACACAAUGCCCCUCUGCUUCGAUGCCGAGCUCUUGGUUUCCAUCGACGAUGACCAGUUGUUGAAGAAGAAGAAGAAGAAGAAGAAGCAGAAGCAGAAGCAGAAGGUGGCGGAGUGAGGACUCGCACAAGACACCACCCCAAGCCGAUUGCUUCACGCAACGAAGCGUCCCUCCAUGGAGAAGCCACAAGCUGGGUCGGCAGCGCAAGAGUGCACCGCUCCCUCCACCACCUUCGUCCGAGCCGACGCCACCACCUUCAAGGAGCUCGUCCAGCGGCUCACCGGCCCCAACGAGCGCGACGGAGCCCACCGCCCGGUCGUCGCCCCCGCCCCUCCUUCCUCCCCCACCAAGCUCUCCGGGCUCAAGCGGCUUCACGAGCGCAGGCAGCGUUCUCGGCCGAAGCUCACCAUCCUCAAACCGGGUUCCACGUCCAAGCCCCCUACCCCUGCCGUGCUGUCGCCUUCCGUGACGGGAGCCUCUGCGUCGCCUUCUGCUGACUUCGCCGGACUCAACAUAUGCGAGCACAAGGGCGUCGACGGGGCUGACGAGUUGGACGAAGAAGAGGAGGAGAGGGCCAUCAAAGAGAGGCGGUUUUACUUGCACCCGUCGCCCAGGUCUCGAUCCCGGAAUCCCGAACCUGAGCUGCUGCCUUUGUUUCCACUGACCUCCCCCAGAUCACAAAAAAAGUUUUUUGCAGGUCCAGUUGGCAGCCACAGUUUAAGACAAGUUGCAGUUACGGUAGAUCCAAUCACAAACAUAAAACACCAUUCCCGUGAACCACAUCCCAUUGUCCAACAAGUUCAAACAUCAAACUCAGCAUCCAGCAGUGGGAGUUUUACACCGACAAGUGUUCAGCAACAUUGUUUCUUUAGUGCCAGAGAAGGCAAUGCCGGAAAACCGAGCUCUGAUUUACCUUCCCCACUCUAA